AUAGCUAGGGUGGAUUUGAACCCAGUUGGUUGGGUUCGAAUCUAUUAUUUAGUUUAAAAGAGUUAAACUUAAGUUGAAACUUUAAGUUAAUAAUGCGGAUCAAGCUCAUCUCAUUUUUCUCUCUGCACAAAACUAAAAAACCCUCCCCUGCAAAACAGCCAAUUUCAAUGGAGCUUAUAGAUGAGAAGCCAGUAGUGUUGAUCACAGGGUGUUCUCAGGGAGGAAUAGGCCAUGCAUUGGCACUUGAGUUUGCCUCAAAACGGUGUCAUGUUGUGGCCACAAGUAGGUCAAAAAAAUCCAUGCAGGAUCUGGAAAACGAUUACAGAUUCUUUCUGCAAGAACUUGAUGUUUGUUCAGAUCAGAGUGUCAAUAAUUGCGUGACAAAUGUCAUUGAAAAGUUUGGAAGAAUCGAUAUUCUGAUUAACAAUGCUGGAGUCCAGUGUUUUGGCCCUCUUGCUGAGCUUCCUUUAUCAGCUAUGGAGCAAACUUUCAACACUAAUAUUUAUGGUCCCAUGAGGAUGAUUCAAGCUGUUGUUCCUCACAUGGCGGCUAGGAGAAAGGGAAAGAUUGCAAAUGUUGGAAGUAUUAUCGCAGCCCUCCCUUCACCGUGGUCCGGUACUUAUGCUGCAACUAAAUCUACUCUUCAUUCACUCACCGAUACCUUGAGAUUGGAACUAAGGCAUUUCGGAAUUGACGUGAUCAACAUCGUCCCUGGGACUGUAACAUCCAACAUACUAAAGUCUGCCCAUUCCAACUACAACCAAAUGCCAGAAUUGAAGCUCUACAAGCCAUUCGAAGAAAGAAUUAAAGAGAUCGGAAGCUAUUCGGAAACAUCGAAAAUGACCCCUGCAGAUGUGUUCGCAAAAGAUGCUGUUGCCGCGGUGAUGAAGAACAAUCCCCCAUCUUGGUUCUCCUCCGGCCGAUAUUCAACCGUUGCUGCAAUCUUGUACCAUAUGCCCCUCUUUGUUAGAGAUUUUAUUGCAAGGAAAGCAAUGAAAGGCUGAUGAUAGCAACUAUUAGAGUUUAUAAAAACUCGAAUAAGUCAGGUACACGUGUGUAAUAAAUACAGAGACGAAAAGAAGACGAGUCAAAUAUAUAGAUGUGAUGAUUGAAUUUUUAUGUGAUUCGAUCUAUUAAUCAAAUGUUUAUAUUUAAAGUA